ACACACUGUUUGUAGGUCAUGUAACUACUCAUAUGUCAAAUGUAUUUAACACUGACUGUCUCGAUAAGUUAUGAUUAGAAUGCCUUUGUGUACUCUUGUUUUGUUUGAGUAGCCAAACACCGGUCGGGACAUUUCAAGCCUGAAUAGGACUGAACCAAGUGUCAACCGUGUGGGGGUCAGCUCUACCUCACUUCUUUAUCAGAAGCUGGUGAGCAAGUUCAGGUCGUCAAUAUGCUGGAGAGCACGAGUAUUUGAGGACUCUGAAUGCGUACAUGUGACUGAAGGUUGAGCUCUCGCUUUGUCCCGUUUCGUUUGAAAAAGUAGAAACCCGACAUCUCCCCGAGAAAAUGGUUUCUCCCCCGCUGUCCGGUUGCGCAUGGAGACUAUUUUGACUGACAGAGUGGAGCAACGCCGCUCAACGGGUUUGUCAAGUUCCUGAACGGGUGAGUGAACAACACGGUCCGUCGUUGUCCAAGUCUGUGACGGCGCUCGCUUCACUUCGCUCCCUCUGGAUUUAUAGAGCCGGAGCGUUGUCGUCGCCUCGAAGGUAAAACAUGGGUCCACCUCAUGAAACUCAUUGACGAGCUCGCAGCCUGCCUGGUCGUCACUAACGAGUUAAAAUGUCAGCUAACAUUAGUUACCAGUUGCUCCGAGAAGUGAGUCUGCUCAGCACUAAAGCCUCCAGAGGUAGAGGAAUAAACACCAUGGUGGGAGUGGAGUGCAGGUCUGAACAAGAGAUGGUGUGAUCCCUCUGCGAUUGGUCGACAAGGAGGCCGUCAGCCAGACACACACAAGACUUUUUGGAGGAGAAGAAGAAUGGCUCAGGAGUGUUAACUUUGACGUGAACCAUUGUCUCAUGGAAGCUGGACUGGAGAGCCCAGUAGAUGAGGACGGCGUUCAUGACUCCUUCAGCCAGCUGAUCGCAGAGCAGAGUCAGAAUGGAGGACCGUCUGACGCCUUUCAGCUGCAGCAGCUGCAGAGACAUCUGGAUGAGGAGGAUCGAGACAAUGUAGCCCACCUGUCCAGCCCUGGCCGUGACUUAAGGGAAAGGAGGCUCAGACAAAGGGACGUGCAAUGGGAGGAUGAUGAAAGACAGGGAGACCCCCUCCUAGGUGAACGUUGGUCCUCAGCAACCAUGAGGAUCCUGUCCUCCAUGCCCAGUCGCACAAUCGGUCGCAGCAGGGGAGCCAUCAUCUCUCAGUACUACAACAGGACCAUGCAGCUUCGGAGACGCAGGCAGAGCAGACCCGCCAUCCGAGACUUCUCUCACUCGGCCAGACCAAGCAUUCGAGGCUACGGCAUGGAGGCAGACAGUACGGACGCAGAGGUGAGUAAAAGAGAACGUUUGGUGAACAACCUGCAGAACCUGUCAGUGAGCGACAGAGUCAGGAUGCUGCGAGCGAUGCCUCUUAAUGUGGCUGAGAAGAGUGAACUCAGGAGGUUAGCUUUACAAAAAGAGAAAAGCACAAUUUCUGGCAGUCAAAUCCCCUGUUGCAGUCAACUCAAAUAUUACAUCAUCAUUGGUGCAAGACAGAGUUGGUACAGCUGGCUGUCCUUCCUGCACUCCCUCCAGCUGGGGCAAGUGGCGCUGAAGAGAGUGAGCGGGCGUUUCGGAUCUGGUGUCCUCUCAUACUUCCUGUUCCUUAAGACCCUACUCUUCUUCAACCUCUUCCUGUUCCUGGUGACGGGUGUCUUCUUGGUGCUUCCUCAGGCAGUGCACCCUCCGGUGCUGCCCGCAGGGAGAGCCUCCUUCUCUGGACUGGAGCUCCUCACCGGAGCGGGCUACUUCUCCGACACAGUGAUGUACUAUGGAUACUACUGUAACUACACACUGGGUAGGAGCUGCAUGGAGGCUGAUGGAGGGCAGAACGUCUCUUUGCCCAAUGGAACCAGGCUGGACUGCGUGUCGGAGAACCUCACUUACAACAUGCCGCUCGCAUACUUUUUCACCAUAGGAGUGUCUUUCUUCAUCACAUGUAUCAUUCUUGUGUACAGCAUGUCAAAGUCAUUUGGUCAGAGCUUCCGAAUCGACAAAUCUCACAGUAUUUUGGCCAUGAAGGUCCUGAGCUCCUGGGACUUCAAGGUCAUUAAGAAAACGUCUGUCAAACUCAUGUCUGAGAAUAUCUGCACCCAGCUCAAGGAGCUGCUAGCGGAGGUCAAUCAUAAGCAUGUCAAGAACACUCGGUGCCAGAAACUGUGGAGGCUGAUGGUUCAUGGCCUGGCAUGGGCUAUCUGCAUAGCAAGCACCACUGCCUGUGUGCUCGCUAUUUACUACUUCUCUGGUCACAUGCAUCAGAAGCAAAGUUCUCGUAGUACCAUCGACCCCUUGUUGAAUGAGGCCAGUCUGCUAGCUCUCCCUGUGGUGGUCUCCCUCAUCAACCUGCUGCUGCCCGGCCUGUUCAACCUCGCAGCCUGGAUGGAGGACUACGACUCACCUUCUGUACGCACAUAUGUCUCCAUCGGCAGAAACUUGAUGUUGAAAGUAAGCGUGCUUGGAGUCCUGUGCUACCACUGGCUGGGUCGGGUGGCUGCUGACCCUAAAAUGAUUGGACUGGAGUGCUGGGAGAGUUUUGUUGGCCAGGAGCUUUAUCGUUUCCUACUUAUGGAGUUCAUCUUCACUCUACUGGACACCUUGUUUGGAGAGUUUCUUUGGAGGUUGUUUUCUGAGAAGGUGCUGAAGAGGAGGAGGAAGCCAGUGUUUGAUAUCGCCAAGAAUGUCCUCGAGCUCAUCUAUGGACAGACAUUGGCCUGGUUGGGUGUUCUCUUCACUCCUCUCCUUCCUGCAGUGCAGCUUUUCAAACUCCUGCUGCUGUUCUACAUUAAAAUGAGCAGCGUGAUGAUGAACUGUCAGUCCCCCAGGAAGCCAUACAGAGUCAGCCAGAUGACCACUGUCUUCAUCACUCUCCUCUGCUUCCCCUCCUUCCUUGGUGCCUCUGUGUGUGUCACAUACACAAUGUGGAGCCUCACGCCCUCCUCAUCAUGCGGUCCGUUCCGCGAGCUCAAAACAAUGUUCCAGGCGGGGAAGCGAUGGGUGGAAGCACUGGAAAAAGAUAAUCCCAACCUGUCUGUGUUGGCCAGGGCUCACUCCUACCUGGUGGAAAACCCUUUCUUCCUGUUUGUGGGAGCAGGCAUCUUCCUGAUUGUCAUCUACUUCCACAGUCAGGUGGUGGACGGUCAAAGGAAGAUCAUCGGAUUACUUCAGGAGCAGAUACAAAACGAGGGAGAGGAUAAGAAGUUUUUGAUCACUCGCCUCCAGUCCAUCCACGAACAAAAACGAACGCCUGGUCGAAGACUCACCAGUCAGGACUGUUGAGAUCCUGACCUCCAGUAGACAAACCUGCUCAAUUCUAUGAGCACUGAGGUCUGGAGACAUUUUAAACCAGCAUGGAUAUAACUGGAAUAAUGACAUGGAAGGACAACUGUAUAUGACCAAGUCCAAAUGUAUUAUUCAUUUUAAAUGUGGCUAGGAUUUUACUGGCUGGAGUGUUUGUAGUGAGGCAAAACAAACCAAGUGGAAACAUCCGGUGAAACAAAGCUGUCUGCUUUAUCCAGUGCUGUUUUAUACGAUGAAAUGCCUGAACUCAAACUGUAGGAAGUUAAACAUUAGUUCACAUGGACUUCAGUCAUCUCUCGUUAAAGCACUUUCAUAACAACUGUGAACAAAUAGUUUUUAUUAUUAUUUCUUGUGCAAAAAACUGUACGUUGUCUACAAUGUUUGUUUUUUAAUGCUUUACAUUUUUUUUAAUCAUUUUAUUUGUAUGAAUGCUGUAUGUUAGGAAAGGUUUGGAUGUUGUGGAUGUAAGUAUGAUAAUACUGAAAAUGAAUUCUUGUUCAUUUUUUUGUUCCUUUUGGGGUGACGACUGCCACUGUAUUGUCAUACUGUAGUAAUUAAAUUAUGUUUUAUCAUAACAGCA